CAGAGGUCAGAGAGUGAGAAACUGAAAGGUAGAGACGAUGAAAGCCAUCAGCAACAGGUAUAUCAUCAUCAGGACGCACAUAAACGGUGCACCUCAAGAGUCCGAUUUCGAGCUCAAGACAAAAGCUCUUGCGCCUGGCUCCGAUGACACCGUUGUCAGAAAUGUAUACAUCUCAAUUGAUCCUUACCAGCUCAAUCGCAUGAAGAACAAGGAUGAAUCGCAGAAAGCUUCAGAUUUUUCCUCAGCCAUUACACCUGGCGAGGAGAUUGAUGCUUAUGGUGUAGGCAGAGUGGUGGCAUCUGGGAACCCAGAUUUUGAAAAGGGCGACCUGGUGGCUGGGCUUCUUAUCUGGGGAGAGUAUAGUGUGGUGAAAGCUGGUGGGAUGUUAAGAAAAUUAGAUCCUAUGGGCUUUCCGUUAUCCGACCAUCUCGGAAUUCUGGGAUUCAGUGGACUAACUGCAUAUGGUGGGCUCUUUGAGAUAUGUAAGCCCAAGAAACGAGAAAAAGUGUUUGUAUCAGCUGCUUCUGGAUCAGUUGGGCAUCUGGUUGGACAAUAUGCAAAACUCUUUGGGUGCUACGUAGUUGGCUCUGCCGGAAGCAAAGAAAAGGUAGCACUGUUAAAAGACAAACUUGGUUUUGAUGAUGCAUUCAAUUACAAAGAAGAGCCAGACUUAAAGGCAGCUCUCCAGAGGUUCUUUCCAGAUGGUAUCGACAUCUAUUUCGACAAUGUGGGAGCAGAGAUGCAAGAAGCAGCAAUCGCCAACAUGAAUAUGUUCGGGAGGGUGGCUGUCUGCGGAGUAAUCUCCCAGUAUACGGAUGCCGGAAAAAGAGCUGCACCUGACAUGUUUGCUGUGGUGUACAAGAGAAUUAAGAUACAAGGAUUCUUAGGCGUAGAUAACAUGAAUGUAUAUGAAGAUUUCAUGUCCAAGACCUGUGAUUACCUUCGCUCUGGCAAAAUCCACUCUCUUGAAGAUAUCUCAAGAGGUUUAGAGAGCAUUCCCUCUGCUUUUGUUGGAAUAUUUAAGGGGUCUAAUGUUGGGAAAAAGAUUGUUCAACUUACUGAAGAGUGAAUCUGGGGGAGACUGAUAAGACCUGUUUCUAAUCGAGUUAUUAAUCGUUAAAUUAGAUAUUUGAUUACAACAUAAAGCACCUGAAAUAAACAGUACUGCACGGAAUGGAAAA